CGGGAAAUCUGUACUUAAACAUUAACUCUGGUCCUCACUCCAGAGACGUUGAGUGCUUUCAGCCCUCUCUGUUUUGAUUUGUUCAGUAUUGCGCUUUGUCAUGCACAUUAUGCUGUGAUCAGACUGCAGUUGCGAGAAAGAUUUGUUUCAGUACUUUUGUGUUGCAUUUCCAAAUUCUUCAUAAGGUAUUUUGUGACCUUUAAUGAGCAGUGACAUUGGUAUGAGGAAUUUCUGAAUCAGCUAGUCAUGAAAUUACAACCCCAAGGUACCUGUUGGAGGUGAUUUGUCAAGUGACCUGAGUCCAGCCAUUUAGAUCACACCCAACGCCGCCCUCGUUCUACAUAUAAUCUCGGGACCGCUUUCUGAACUCUUGUAUUACACGUGUCUCGGAAGGAAGCGACGAUCAUUCGGCUCAGUCCUAGACCCUGAUUUUAGAUCGACAAGAGUUCCAGGAGGCUGGUGGAAUGUGCUGAGUCCGGGAGCUGUCCGUGCUGAUGUGGUGCUGAAACAGCGAGGGAGAAUGUGAAGGAGAGAGAGAUACACACACACACAACACAGGCUGGCAAGACAAUACACUGAAUCGGGGGCAACAUCGCGGUUCACAAACAAACUACACGCUGAAGCUAAGACAUCUGUGAGAAAAUGCCUGAACAGAGUAAUGAUUAUAAUGUGGUGGUGUUUGGGGCUGGGGGUGUUGGAAAAAGCUCCCUGGUGCUACGUUUUGUCAAGGGAACAUUUCGUGAAACCUACAUCCCCACUAUUGAAGAUACCUACAGGCAAGUAAUCAGCUGUGAUAAAAGUGUUUGCACCCUGCAAAUCACCGACACUACAGGGUCUCACCAAUUCCCAGCCAUGCAGCGUCUCUCCAUUUCCAAGGGACAUGCUUUCAUCUUGGUCUACUCAAUCUGCAGCCGCCAGUCCCUGGAGGAGCUGAAACCUAUCUAUCAACAGAUCCUUCAGAUCAAAGGCAAUAUCGAGAACAUCCCUGUCAUGUUGGUCGGAAACAAGUGUGAUGAAACAGUCAAGGAAGUGGACAGUAAAGUAGGAGAAGCUUUGGCUAAGGAGUGGAAGUGUGCCUUCAUGGAAACUUCAGCCAAGAUGAAUUACAAUGUCAAGGAGCUUUUCCAGGAACUGCUUAAUUUGGAAAAGCGCAGAUCCAUGAGUCUGAAUAUUGAUGGGAAGAAGUCCAAACAGCAAAAGAGAACAGAGAAAUUGAAGGGAAAAUGCAGCAUCAUGUAGACUCUACUCUUCAGUCAAACUGGUAGCUUUGCUUACCUGAAUAAGACUGUUAAAACAACUCCAGACCAUCAAAGCUGCACCAUCCUCUGUUGCAUACUCACCCUAUAUUCCAUUCUCUAUUAGCUUACUGGAAAUCUGUACCUCAUCAAUAUCAGAUUUCAUUAUUUCAUGCAUUGCACUUUCUAGUUAUUUGCAGUUAAGGCAAUAACAUUUCUUCAAGAUUCUGCACGUAUAAAUAACAAAUAAAUUCAUCAAAGGCAACACUAUGUGACUCAGAAACAAGCAGAUGAACUUUAGCUGGUCCGCACUGGAAAUACUCCUCAAUGAACUUGAUAUAGGAGUUUCUCUGAGUGUCCAUUCUUCUAUGUAACCCUUUGCAUUGUGAAGUUCUAGGUAGGAUGGUAGUUGCAUAUAUGACCCUGGUAGGUGCAGUUAGUUUAUGUAUGCUGGGUUGAUGUGGCUAUUCGUCCAUGGCCCUUCAUCCUAAUAUCAUUGACUGAAUGUAUUAACAUUUUUAAUUUAAAUAUGUAAAAGCACACACUGUAAUCUCAGUAGAUUUUGUAGCCUAUGGUAUAAAUUGCCACAACUGAGUGUAAUAGCUAUUACAAUUCAAUAGUAGUUACCCAAUGGUAACGCUGUCCAGCUUUAAAAAUUGUAUAACUAUUUUCAAUCUUAUUUAAGUAUUGUUAGUUACUCUUCAUAUGGUAACUAGGAGUUACCGGGAUAGGGACAAGCAAUGACAAUAGAAGCACAACAUUGAGCAGAUGGGAACAAGCCAAGCAACAUGCAGACACUGCACCAAAUAGCCCACAGAUAUAAAACAUGGUACAAGUGCCUAUUGAAGGGUGGGGAGGUAAUAACAGAGAUUAUACAAUUUAUUCCACUGAUGUUUUGCACUAGAUACCAUAGUUUGGUUUCAACUUUCCACUGUUCCUACACAAAAAAAUAUACUAUAUGAGCAGAAAUGAAGCACUUGGCUGCUUGGAAAUUUCUGGAGUAUGUAGAAAGCAUUGGGGCACAGCUCUCAGUCCAUUUCAAAGUUCUUUAAGGAGGCUGCUGUUUGCUUAAUUUUAAAGAAAAGUCACAUACAGUUCAAGUUAGUGCAGAGAAAAAGUUAAGAAAAGAUGCAGCAAUUUAAUGAUUUUUUUUGGCUAAUGCACAUUUAAUGUUCUUUAUUUAAAUGUAUCCUCAUCAUUACUGAGCAGUAUAGCAGCAGAACCAGUAAACAUUCUGACACACACAUAGCUUAUGCAACCAUAACCUACUAUAUUGCAGAGAGGUUGGUUUACUGAUAAACUUUACCGCAUUGUCAGCAUAUCAAACAAUGAUAUUAUUCUCAGGUCUGAGAAUAUUCUGAGAAGUAUGUUUGCUUUGAUCUUGCCAACAUGCACGUGUUUUUUUAAGCUUGUGCUGAAAUAUUCUUGCAUUUGUCAUCAUAAAUGUUGUACUAAUUUUCAUGGAUAGUUCAGCAAAUCACUUGACAUCUUGAUAGCAGUAUUCUAUUCACCAAAUAUGAACACACGGAGAAUCAUGCCCGGAUUGUGUAAUCUCAGCACAUACAUCAAAGUACAGCAAUCCUUUGGAUCAGAGGGAUUCAGUGUCCUCAUGGGCUGCAGCAUCAAAAACAACAUUGUGUAAACGCAUUAUGUUCAAUGGAGGAACUGUAUUGAGAUCGCCAAAAGUCAUCUUAAUGGUGUCCAUUAUGCAGUGGACUGCUUGACCUGGAUUUUCAAAUUCCCAUUGCAAAUUUGGAUAGAUAUGACUUACUCACAGGGAUUUACUCCUGAUGACUGCCUGUUGGAUCCCCCAGAACAGUUAUUGAUUUGUUUCUUAUUCUCAGUACACCUCAACCAACGAUUUCCCCAUUUUCCAUCCUACACUCAUUCAAUCAGGAAUGUGGAAUCUUGCAAGGAGAAUUCACACCAAAUUUCAGUCUAAGGCAUACAUACCAGCUUUUCAUAAUGCUGAUAGUUAGUUAACUUACAUAACAUAAUUCAAAAAAUGGGUUACUACAUUCAUGAACACAGGCUUUACUUAGAGGUGCAUGUGAAGUGGAUUGAAUGCUGCAGGCUGAUUAAUUACCAUGCCUGCACUUUGUGCAGUGCGUUAGAAUUUAGGCCAUGGGGCAUUAAAAUGUUCACCGUGUGUAAUAGAUGUUUUCAUCAUAACAUCUAUUUACUCCAGUGCAUGAAGGGAUAUCAGUUGACAAUGCAGCUCCAACAGGCUAGAAAUUCACAGGAAAAUAUUUUUAAUGAAAUUUAUUGUUUAUUGUAGAAGAUAGUCUUCCUUUAACACAUGAACUGUUGCCAUCACUCUUCUCUGUAAAAUGUUUGCUGAAUGUCCUUUUAUAAAUAAAAUGUUGGCAAUUUGA